AUGAGAUCCCACAGAGAGACACGUGAGAGAAGCAGGCUCGAGAUACUCGAAGAAGAACAGGAGAGAGAUAUUCUGGACCGCUGUCAGGUAAAUGAAUUACAGCUUGAGCCGUGUGAGAGCACUCCCUGUGAGCCCUCAGAAGACCAAGAAUGGAGGAGGCGCAGGCUUUUACGUGAUGAAGAAGCACGUGAGCCAAACCGGUGCCGGACAUUUGAGGAUGAAGGGCGAAGGCACGAGAGGAAUCUCUACCAAACCGUGGAGGUGGAUAACAGAGACCUCUGCCUCCCAGGAGAGGAGGCGUCUGUCACCGACAUGAGGGUUCGUUAUAUCCCCGCUGAGCCCGAUGUUCGGCCGGAGGUGCGGGUCCUCCCUCAGUCCUGCGAGCCUCAGACCAUUGCGUACUUGAUCCACGUGAUCCAGAAUUUGAACGAUCCUGAAGCUACCAGCUACAAGAUCGUUUGCCACCAGCCCCACGACCCGGGGCAGCCCAUCUACGUGAAGAAGUGCUACGUGUCACCCCAGCCACCGGCAGUCCCGGGUGGCAGGAGCAAGCACCCAGAGCCACGACCCCCAAGGGACGCACGAGAAACAGGGGAGCCCAAACUGCCACGGCAAAGGGGCACACCAGCUUCUAGCUCCCAGCAAAACACAGGGGAUCUCCAUGAGCCACAGGAGAGGUCUGAAACAGGGGUGAAGAAAGGGGCUCACCAGGCUUCUGCCUCCAAGGUGGGUGGUGUUAAGGGUGACCCUUGCCAGGCAAAGCCCAAGGACAGGAGGGACAGCCAGCGCCCCAAAAUGUCUGAUGUGGAAGAGAAGGACCGUCACCCCCAGGGAGAUGCAUCAAAAGCUGCCAGGGAGAGAGUCCCGCGGGAGCCCGAAUCCAGCUGCCAGCCCACGGAGACCGAACGCUGCAUCGAGUCCCUGCUGGCCGUCUUCCAGCGGUACGCGGGGAGGGAAGGGGACAACUGCAUGCUCUCCAAGAGGGAGUUCCUCGCCUUCAUGAACACCGAGCUGGCUGCCUUCACAAAGAAUCAGAAGGACCCAGGUGUCUUGGACAGGAUGAUGAAGAAACUCGAUUUGAAUAGUGAUGGGCAGCUAGACUUCCAGGAGUUCCUGAACCUCAUCGGGGGCAUUGCGCUGGCCUGCCACGAUACCCUGAUCCUUAAAGCCCCUGGCCCUUAG